ACUUGUCGCGCAUGCGCAGUGACGGACCCGGAAGCCCAGCCGUGCGGACUGCAUUUUCAGAGAAACUGUAGAUUAAAAAAGAUUUUUAAAAAAGAUGCAGCUUCACUUUAAUAAAGAUGUUCUGCCGGAUUCUGUGAGCAGCGACUUCCAGAACCUGAACAAACUGAACGAGCAGCAGUUCCAUCGUCUGGUUGAGAUUCUGUUCCGCUUCCUGCUGGAACCCAAAGAGACGGAGCGGUUCAUGCAGCAGCUCUCUGAGUUUGCAGCAGAACAUGGGAUGAGUUCUGGACCUCUGAGGAACCUGAUGAAGAGCGUCCUGCUGGUACCACAGGGAGCCCUGAAGAAAAACCUGACAGCCGAGCAGAUCAGAGAAGACCUCCUGACUUUAGGACUCAAUGACGACAAGGCGGCUCAUUUUUCACAGCAGUGGGCCGAACACCAGGCCGCUCUGUGCCGCCUGGCUCUGGGUCAGACUCUCAUGAUCAACCAGCUGGUGGACAUGGAGUGGAAGUUUGGAGUGACGGUUGGAACCAGUGAAAUCCAGAAAGUGGGAAACAUUUUCCUGCAGCUGAAGCUUGUGGUCAGAAAGGGGAAUUCCACUGAAAACGUCUUCAUGGAACUGACGCUGCCUCAGUUUUAUAACUUCCUGCAUGAGAUGGAGCGAGCCAAGGCCAGCAUGGACUGUUUCAGCUGACUGUGUUCUGUGUAUUAAAUCAUUUUAUGAGAGUAUGUGUGUGACUGCUGAGUUCAUUUUUGUAAUUUCCCUCCAGACGUUUUACACCUAAAUCCGUCAACAAACACAAAUAAAAAGCCGAAAACACUGA